CAGCCUGAUAAAAAACAUACAUAUAAAUACAGAGUAAAACAUCAAUUAAAAAACUUAUUAAAUAAGGCCGAAUAUUUAAAAUAGCAAUAAAAGUAAUAAAACCCCAAUUAAAACCAAAUUCAAAAUUUAAAAUUCUAAUCCAGUCCUGCGCAAAUAAACAGAUGUGUCUUAAGCUCGCGGCGAAAGGUUCGAAGGUCAGGAAGUUGGCGAAGUCCUGGGGGAAGUUCGUUCCAGAGGGUGGGAGCCCCCACAGAAAAGGCCCUUCCCCUGGGUGUCGCCAGUCGGCACUGCCUGGCCGACGGCACCCUGAGGAGUCCUUCCCUGUGAGAGCGCACGGGUUGGUGAGAGGCAAUCAGUGGCAGCAGAUCUUGGAGGACUCUCCCUCCUCCACCAACAGCAUUUCCUUCCAUGAGCAAAAAAAAAAAAAAGAUACUCAACUUCCUGGUUUACUUCAUUCUAAAAGCCAAAUCCAGCAGAACAAAGACCGGAUAUCAACUCUCCAACCACCAACGCGAGAUUGUUGUCAGAUCACCGGCUCUUAGAAACCAAGACAGAUGGCUUAUCAACAGCUAGUAAGAGACUGGGACAAAGGUAUCCAAGCCCUUGAGAAAGGCAAUCUUGACACUGCCUUGGAGAUCUUUCAUGGCAUCAAGAAUCCUCCUUCCAAGAUAGAUUUCAACAUUGGCUGUCUGUAUCUCCAGCAAGGAAACCUGGAUCAGGCCCUGGAGGCUUUUGAUCAAACGCUUUCCAAAGACAAUUGCUUAGCCGUGGGCUUCUUCCAAAGAAGUUACGUUUAUUUGCAGCUGGGCAGGUACGAAGAAGCUUUGAGAGAUGGGAAGAGAGCCCUGGGCUUUUUCGGGAAUAAUUCCUGCAUCAAUUACAAACAGCUCGGUUUGGCCUUUGUGCUCUGCGCCUCGGAGGUUCUGCACAAUAUGGCAGCUACCCACUGCCAGCUUGGAAGCUGGCACGAAGCGCGAGAAACUCUGGAAGAAGCAGCCAGACAGAUGCCCCAAAGGCGAACUGCAAUUGCUUUAAAGCAAGUAGAGGAUCACCUUUUCCUGGAAGCCCAGAGGGUCCCGCCGGGGAAAAUUUUUAGGCCUCCCUUGCAGGCUGAAGAGUUGAAAGAGAAGGACUAUCUCGGUCAAUCCAAGGUCAUUUCUUCUGCUUUUGAAGAGGACUCAAGCAUCGACGCUUCUCACCAGAAGCCUCAGAAGAUCAUCCAAGGAAUCCCACCUCCACCGGAAAUGACACCUCCCGGUCUUCUUCAUGAGAACCAAAAGAGCUGGAUGCCAGGAGAGAGAGAAGGAAAUGAAACCAACUCAAGAAGUCCCAAGUCGGAAUAUCUUCCAGAGUCGCCCCCGGUGGGUCCCACGAACGACGGUUUCUACUUAAAAGUCCACGGCUCUUUCGUCGUAAACCGAAAAAUCGACAGGGUCCCAUCCCUGGCAAACCUUAGGGCCAUUUUACAAGAAGAAUAUCGCCGGCAAGUGGCAAACAUGAAAGUGAGGUACAAGACUUCGGGAAGCACUGAUUUCAUCACUAUUAACAGCGAUGGGCAACUGAUGAAUUUAUGCCAAGAGGCACAAAGUAACAAACUGACUCUUUGGUGCCAGGGUGAAGAAGUACGUGUGGAUCAAAGACCCGUCCUUUACCGCAUGGUGGGACAAUGUUCUUAUACCUCUGAUGCGCCAGAAGACCUGAAUUUUAAAGAUGGGGAUAUCCUUGAAAUCCUGGCUGAAGUAAACAGGGAAUGGCUGGAAGGCCGAUGCAACGGAAUGACGGGGAUUUUCCCGAAACUCUUCGCGAAGCCUGAACGCCCUGUGGCCACCCAACUUUAGAAGGAGGAAGGAAAAAAGUUUGCUGACGCCGAGCCUCAGUUUCCCUGCUGUUGAUGAGAUAUGACGUUGAGGAUUGGAGGGGGGGGGCGCUCCCUGAGUUUGGCAGAUGUUUCACGACCCAACUCGGUAACAUCAUCAGCGCUACUGAGUGUGGCUUGCUCCCUGUUUAUAUACAGCAGCUCUGAGCUUGGUGGCUUUCUUGCCCACGUUCCAUGACCCAGCUAGGUAUCGUCAUCAGUGCUAAGGGGUGGAGAGUGGAUUUUCUAUCUUUUUCCGGCACACAAACACACACCGAAAAUUAUUAUUUUUUCCCACCCCUUGAAAAUUACAUUCUUUUUCUUUGGCAAGUGAAUGUUUUUCAUUGCUAUUCAGAUGUUCCCUUCUUAAACAGUAUCCUAACAACGGUUUUCUCCUCGUGGAAACUUUUUUUUUUGUAUUGGGGAGGAGGUCUCACCAAUGGUGAAAUCGGAUUUUUUUUUAUUACCGGUUCUGUGGGCGUGGCUUGGUGGGCGUGGCAGGGAAAGGAUACUGCAAAAUCUCCAUUCCCAUCCCACUCCAGUGGAAGGAUACUGUAAAUAUCCAUUCCCUCCCCACUCCAGGGAAGGUUAUUGCAAAAUCCCCAUUCCCUCCCCACUCCAGGGGAAGGAUACUGCAAAAUCCCCAUUCCCUCCCCACUCCAGGGGAAGGAUACUGUAAAUCUCCAUUCCCUCCCCAAUCCAGGGGAAGGAUACUGCAAAAUCUCCAUUCCCACCCCACUCCAGGGGAAGGAUACUGCAAAAUCCCCAUUCCCUCCCCACUUCUGGGAGAAGGAUAUUUUAAAAUCCCCAUUCCCACCCCACUCUGGAGCCAGCCAGAGGUGGCAUUUGCCAGUUCUCCGAACUGCUGAAAAUUUUUGCUACUGGUUCUCCAGAACCUGUCAGAACCUGCUGGAUUCCACCCCUGGGUCUCACCCUCCAGAAGUCAGAAGAUGUCACCCACCCACCCAGCCCAACCCACCACCAGUCUUGACAGUUUGGCGGC